CUCCCCUAUACCAAAAGAAAGAGUAAAGUGAGAACACUCAAAAGCUAUGGCCGUUUCUUCAAGAAUUGAAUAUACUUUCAUCCUCUUCUUCGUUGCAUUAUUGACAGUUUUUGACGUUUCAAUGGCAGGACCAGGUUUUGAUGCAGCACUCGUCUUAAAACCCCCUGUUGGUCCGACCACUUGCCCUGUGCCCGCAAAUCAAUGUGGAAGUGAAUGCAAUAGGAGAUGUUCAGCAACAUCUCACCAGAAGAGUUGUUUGAUGUUCUGCAACAUGUGCUGCAACUGGUGCCUUUGCGUCCCACCUGGUACUUAUGGAAACAAGGAAUGUUGUUCCUGCUAUAACGAUUGGAAGACCCAAGAAGGAGGACCUAAAUGUCCUUGAAUUAUAUUCAUUAUUUUAAUGUAAUUCAAACUAUAUAUAUAUAUGCUAGGUUUUCAACUGCAAUCUUUACCAUUCAUUUUG